AUGUUCGCUGUUCCAGGAUGGUCACUUGAGAGCUCUGCUCUGAAGUCACAGACCCAAACACCCCCUAAGAAUGAGUCCCAACCGUCCAAGGAUGCCCCGAACCCCGAUGCGAAGAAUAAUAAGCGCAAGCGUGCCAAUGUCACCGCGGGUAACGUGGAUGAGAUGUACCGCAGACACAUCGAGGGUAACACCAAAGCCCCCAAAGGUGAAAAUUCCGGCGCAGAGGGGUUCUUGAAGCCAGAGAAGAAACAGAAGAAGGAGAAGAAGAAGAAGGAGGAGGAGAAAGUAGAGAAACAGACCACCGAAAAGACCACACCCGAGGAGUCAACAAUUGAAAUUACUGCCACCGAAGCUGACGCCGACCAAGUCGAGGAUAAAGCCCCCAAGAAGAAGCAGAAGAGAAACAAGAAGAACAAGGACAAGGCCAAUGCCCCAGACGACAGCACCCAAGCAGAAAGCGCUACCACUGUCUCAAAAGAGGCAACAGCCCCCGCUGUCCCUGCACUGCCACCUACAUCGAACCUGACUCCCCUCCAGCAGGCGAUGCGACAAAAGCUUAUCUCCUCCCGGUUCCGUCACUUGAACGAAACGCUUUACACCACGCCUUCGGAAAAGGCUGUCGAAUUGUUCAAUGCCAACCCAGAGCUCUUCGACGAAUACCACGCCGGAUUUGCCCGGCAGGUGAAAGAAUCCUGGCCAUCUAACCCAGUCGACGGCUACAUCAAGGCUAUCCGAACCCGUGGUGCUAUCCCGCUUCCUAAGCGCGGAAAGCCCAACAACCCAGCCAAGGGCUACCCGCUGCCCCGCCGUCCCACCGGUCUCUGCACCUUUGCCGAUUUGGGCUGUGGUGAUGGACAGCUUACACGCGCCCUUACUCCCUCUGCCAAGAAGCUCAACAUCAAGCUCUACAGCUACGAUCUGCAAGCGCCCGAUCCGCUGAUCACCAAAGCUGAUAUCUCUAACCUGCCAUUGGAAGAUGGGUCCGUGGAUGUGGCUAUCUUCUGUUUGAGUUUAAUGGGAACCAACUGGGUUUCCUUUGUUGAGGAGGCGUGGCGCGUUUUGCGUGGUGAUGGCAAGGGCGAGUGCUGGGUCAGUGAGGUCAAGAGUCGAUUUGGCAAGGUUGCUCGCAAGAAGUCUCAAAUUGGUGCCCAGAGACCUGGCAGCAAGCUUGACAAGAAGAAGCCUAAGAAGAAGGGUGGCAAAGACGACGAAUCCGAUGUUGACGAGGCUGAUAUCUUUGCCGAGGAUUCCAGGCCGUCGGACAACAGCGACGAGACUGACAUCUCGGCGUUUGUGGAAGUCUUCCGGUCUCGCGGGUUCAUGCUCCGCCAGGAAUCUGUCGAUAAGUCCAAUAAGAUGUUUGUGAGGAUGGUGUUUGUCAAGCAGGGAGGUGCGCCUACCAAGGGAAAACAUGCGUCGGCUCUCAGUGCGCCUGCGCCUGGUAACAAGAAGCGCUUUGUUGACCGCAAGCCUGAGUCAGAAUCUGGCAUGUCGGCUGAGCAAGAGGCUCAGGUACUCAAGCCGUGUGUUUAUAAGAUCCGCUAG